UGGAAUAAAGAUGGUUGUUUUCAAAACACACACACACACACACACACACACACACACACACACACACACACAAACAGUACUUUGUGGUAUCCUAUCAAAUAAGUGGAGUUUUAACCUAAACAGCUGUAAUCAACUCAAAUUGAAAAGGUUUAGAUUUAUUAACAAAAACAUUUAAUAUUUCUACUGACUGUGAACUAAAUUCGAUUCUUUGCAGUCAUCUCUUUUCAAGAAGAGGAAGAAGAAACAAUUUUUACAUAAAAUGAUAAAAAUAACGAAGCACUUCACAAGAAAAAUAUUGAAAUUUAAAAAAUAUAUAUAGUGAAAAAAAUUAUAAUAAAAAUGGAGAAAAAUAGAACAAUUUUUAUUUAAAAAUGUGAAGGAAGACAGAAAAGAACAAGAAAAGGUCAUAGGGGAAGAAGGUCACACAAAAGCCAGCCUGAACAGAUGAGUUUUCAGUUACUUUUUAAAGAUAUUCCUCAUUAAAAAUUAUGUUUACCUUUUUUUUAAGUAGUGAUGUGAGUUUGUGGCUCCAGAGAGAGCAUCUGAAAGCUGAUAACUGUCUCCGAAUGAGGCCGACUUCACUCUGGAAUUCAGGGGACGUGGUUUUAGCAAACAAAGGUGUAGAGAAAAGGACAAAGGGGUCAUUUAAAAUCAUCAGUUCAAAGUUUGUCCAGGCACCUAAAAGAUCUAUUUUAUUUUCCAGAUGUAGGAUUCUGCUCAGACAGCACAUUUAGCAACCUUUUCCAGCAAAAGUGGAUUUUUAUUAAUGAUUUAAUGACCAAAAACAGCCUAAAAGCAAAGAUUCCUGAUGUUUACGUGAAUCUCGAGACCUCAGCAUCGUGACACAGUUACAGACUUCAGAGUGAGGUCGGGACGAGGAGGUGGGAGAAGGGGGACGUGAAGGGGGGAGGUUGGAGGCAGCCGUCAUCAGCAGAGAUCCUGGUUUGAGCAGAUCGUGGUGACAAAGCGCAGCUGCAGCUGCUGCUGGACUCGGGCCGGGACGCUCAGAGCAGCCCAGAAGUUCAGAUCAGCCUCCUGAAGGUGAAAAAUGUUUGAUAACUCUCAUUAUCCCUUCAACUGCUUCAACUACGAUGGGGACGGAUACCCAUCAGCUAGCACGGAUGAGGAGAAAAAGAUGUGCAGACCUGCAUACAGCUACAUCGCCCUGAUCGCCAUGGCGAUCCAGCGGAGCCCAGAGCAGCGGGUCACUCUGUCGGGUAUCUACGAGUUCAUCAUGAAGAGGUUCCCCUACUACCGCUCCAACCAGCGGGCCUGGCAGAACUCCAUCAGACACAACCUGUCCCUCAACAGCUGCUUCAUCAAGGUGCCCCGGACAGAGGGAAAUGAGAAGGGGAAAGGGAACUACUGGACUUUUGCCACAGGUUGUGAAUCCAUGCUCGACCUGUUUGAAAACGGCAACUUUCGCCGACGCAGACGUCGGAGGAAUAUGAAAAUUGGCCUCCGUGAUUCAGGGGAGACCUCUUUUCAUCCAGCGGAGAGCCACAGCAAUCAACCAGUGACCUCGACUCCCUGCCCUGAACUUGACUCCGCCCUCUGCCGCUUGACCCCUGAGAGGUCAGGGUCCAGUCCCCAGCAAAACUACCUUGUCCAUAACUCGAGCCAGCAGGUGAAACCAGAAUCAGAGAUCAAGUUUAGCAUCGACUACAUCCUAUCGACCCCUGACCCGCCUCUGUCUGGAACCAGACCGUCUCACGGCCCGGUUCAUUUGGUACCGGCUGGGCUGCCGGUUCACCUCCAGGAGCAACAACACCUGAACCUGCAUUUCUGGACUCUCUAAAAAAGAUGGAUAAUCAUAACUGAACUUCCUCAUGAGGGUCUUGGAUCAAACCACGGAAGCUGAGGAGAUAAAAGAACAACAAUGGAAUCAGAGCCUGACUGAAGGAGCAAGUACAGCCCCGUUACUGGAUCAGAGAUGGAAAACAUUGGUAAAGAGAGAAAACAUCCCAUAAUUCAUCCAAAAGAUGAAAAGCGACCCCCCCCCCCCCCAAAAAAAAAAAAAACAAUAAGAAAAGCUGUAUGUUGUUAUAAACCUUUGUGAAACGUAGUGCUGACUUAUUUAAAGAGCAAGUCACCCCCAAAUCAACUAUUUUUUUCUGAUAAACUAUAUAAAUGUGUGUCUAAUCGUGCUGCAGACACGUGUAGUCAAUAGUUUAGCACUUUAGUGCAUUUUAGUUAAAAUUUAAAUUUUCUGCCUGAAACUGUCAGUGUUGUGCUGUUGUCAGGUAAAAACUCUUCACUGCAUUUGAGUUUAAAUCUGCCACCGCUAUUGGCUAAGAGGUAUGCUAUGAUGUAAACUGGUACAUUAUGAUGUCACAAUGUCGUGAGUGUGUGUAUUCGUUAGUGGCUCCACCCUCUCGGUCUGCUAGGCAACAGCAUUUGUUGUAUUUUUCAAACAUGAGGUGGGAGUGAAGUACGCAUCUUGUUAGGGGUGACUUGCUCUUUAAACUAUACGGGAAAUGUAUUCACACAGAAACUGUGAUGUUCAAUUUAACUGAAUUUAUGUGUCAAAAUGCUUUAAAAAUCUGACCAAGCACAAGAAACUUUGGGUUCAAUUAUUGAAAUUUCAGAGUAACGUAUUUCAAAUUGUCACGAGCUUUGGGUAGUGACCGAAAGGACGAGAUUGCGGAUACAAGCGGCCAUCCGGGAGGGGCUCGGAGUAGAUUUGCUGCUCCUCCACAUUGAGAGAAGCCAGUUGAGGUGGCUCGGGCCUCUGGUCAGGAUGCCUCCUGGACGCUUUCCUGGUGAGAUUUUCCUGGCACGUCCAACUGGGAGGAGACCCAAAGGAAGACCCAGGACACGCUGGAGAGACUAUGGGUGUUUCUCAAUGUCAAGGAACCUUUCCUUGAUGUCUUGGCCCCGCCCCGGUUGCCUAGGAGAUACGUCAUCAGCAGCCGCCAAGAGGUAUUCCAAUCGGUCCAAUGUUCAUGUUCUACCGAGGCAUGUGUUCUCCGUUUGUUAUCCGUUUAGCUAGCUGAGCAAGGACACACGGGAGGUGUCUUGUAGCCUAGCUUUGGCCAAAAAUUACCCCCAAUACACUGCAGUAUUUUCAAAAGGACGGCGGAUCAGAAGCCGGCAGCCACUUCAGGUACAAAUUUCAAGUUUAAAAGUAAGUCAACUAAUUUACAAUGUUUUUUUAGAUCCAAAGAAGUUAUCCAUGGUUGGUUAGUUGCUUAUUAGUUGCAGCUUCGGUGGCUAGCCGGUAGUAACUCGCUUAUAUUUUUAAUUUAACAAACAUAUACACAAUUUAAAAAUUAAAAGGCUCAUUAUAUAUUUAUAUUGAAACUAUUACAUAUAAAAUAUAGCGUUAUCUCCUGUGUCACGUGACGUUAUGUGACCGCCGUGGAAGCCGCGGUCAUGUGAUGCAAGUCUGCUCCAUUUAACUGUUUUCUUUGACCAAGGGAGGACAGUGUCCUCGUAAGUAAGGCGCCUGGCCUCGCAAGACAUCGCCUCGCAAGGCCAGGUACCUUGACAUUGAGAAACACCCUGUGUCUCUCAACUGGCCAGGGAACACCUUGGGAUUCCCCCGGAGGAGCUGCCCAAGUGGCUGUUGAGAGGAAAGUCUGGGCUUCUUGGCUUAGACUGAUGCCCACAUGACCCGA